AUGUGGAUUAAGUCGGAUAAGUCACCGUUGAAGGUCGAGACUUGGUUGAAAGCAAGGGUCGGGCUGGGCGCCAACCUGCUGGUCUUCUCCUUGUUCGCCAAGCACAAAUCGCUGCGUAAGAAUUGUCUGGACGUCCUGCUCCUCAGCAUGUCGCUGGCCGACUUCCUCACCCUGCUGCUCCUCCCCUUCACCGUGCACUCGGCCGUCAGCCACUCGUGGCCGCUGGGCGACGUUUCCUGCAAGGUCUACCAGUUCCUGUUGGCCUUCAGCCUGGCGGCCAGCGCCUACUCGCUGUGCGCCGUAUCGGUGGCUCGCGCCAUGAUCGUCACCAACCCCUACCGGCUUCCGGCCGUCGAUCUGGUCGUGCUGAUGUCCGUGCUGGUCUGGGCCCUGAGCUUCCUCAUCAGUCUGCCUCUGCGGAUAUUCGCCACCAAGGAGAGCCUGAGCCCCAGCCCGGUCAGCUUCACCUUCUGCCUGCCCACCAUCCAGGAGCAUCACUACCAAGUGGUGCUGAGCCAGUUUGUGCUCUUCUAUUUGAUCCCCAUGCUGGUCAUCGCCUUCAACUACGUCCGCCUGGCUCUGUUUCUCCACAAAAGUGCGGUCAUGUCGUCGUCUGGCGCCAGGAACACGCGGCGGGCCUCCGUGAUGGUGUUUUUGGCCGCCGCAACCUUCUCGGCGUGUUGGCUGCCGGGCUACGUCCUGGAGCUGUGCGUUUACCUGGGCCUCUACCGCCACGGACGGGCCUGGGAGCUCUUCUACUUCAUCUGCGCCGUGCUGCAGUACUUGCACCCGUACGUCAACCCCGUGCUCUACGUGCUGCUGUCCAAGCGAUACCGCCACAGAAGGGCGGCCCGGCUCUUCGGUCGUCACCGCAACAGAGUGCGGCCGACAGUUUUUAGACCUCACUAGAACCUUAAUUGGCUGUCAUUCAAAGAUGACACUCUUAAAAUUAGCCAGCACUAGUGGUUCUCGCAUCCGCCUCGCAGGUCUGAUGUUUCGGCUUCAAAUCCGACCUUCCUUACAUGUUUUCCCGCAUUCCAUAAACAUGCAGGUUAGCUUCAUUAAAGACUCUAAAAUUGUUCUUGUGUGUAAAUGGUUGGUUUUCUGUACAAUGGAUAUAAAAUGUCUACACACCCCUGUUCACAUUUCAGGUUUUUUGUGCUAUAAAAAAUGUUUUUUCCACCAAUAAUGUGAGCUAUAACCUGUACAACUCAAUAUUUAAAAAUGAAAUCUUUUUCAAGAGGGGAGGUAACAAUAAAGUGACAAGAUGUGACAAUAA